CAGGGUUCUCGAGUCUCCCGCAUAGGAUUUUAUUUUUAGCCGCCGUUACGCCUGAUAGUACUCUGCUUCGACGUAACUACGAUUUACUGUUACAAAUACGUGCUUUCCGCGGCUGUGUUUGAAUGUGAAGACGGGCCGACCUUCUCGUGCUUACAUCACAUUCGAGUUCCUUUGUACUCCGUGGUAAGCUCAUUAUGUGUCGCCCCAGAUAAGGUUGUUUUUUUCCCGUCUGAUGAAUGCAUUGAAAUUCAACACUUACAUACUACAUUACCACGCCAGAUAGCCUCUUCGCGAGAACAAAAAAUUCUCGAAAUGGACUUGAAAGUUCAGACAGUACUGGGACCGAUUCCUCCAGAAUCAUUGGGAAGAACAUUAACACACGAGCAUUUUUCUCUCAACUUUGAUAAAUUCUAUGUCGCACCUCCGAAGAGUAUUGAAAAUGUGUUUGACAAUACUAUUCACCUGGAAAACGUUGGCUACGUUCGCCAGUAUCCGUACAGUAGCAAAUAUAACAUAGAAUUCUGCGAUAGAGAUACACAUAAUGCAAUAAACAAAGAAGUUUUGACGUACAAAAAUGCUGGUGGGGGCACCAUUGUCGAGAACACUUCCCAUGGAUUGGGUAGAAAUGUUCAAUUAAUGAAAAAUGUAUCAGAAGCAUCUGGAGUCAAUGUAGUUGCUGGAACAGGUCACUAUGUUGCUCUUGUUCAGCCUCAAAGUGUUCUCCAAAAAUCCCAGCAAGAUUUAUAUGAGACAAUACUGAAAGAAUUAACUGAAGGUUGCAUUGAUAAUUUGAAUAUCAAAUGUGGAUUUAUUGGAGAGGUUGGGAGUGCUUGGCCUCUUCAUGAAUUUGAGAUCCGAGCCAUUCGAGCAACCGCUGCAGUACAGGAGCAUUUGAGAUGUCCUGUUAGUUUUCACCCUGGAAGACAUCCCAAGGCUCCAUUUGAAAUCAUGCGUUUGUUUCUAGAAGCAGGUGGAAAGUCUUCAAAAACUGUAAUGUCACACUUGGACAGAACGUUAGUUCAAGAUGGUGAUCUGCUGGACUUUGCAAAGUUGGGUACAUACUGCCAGUUUGACUUGUUCGGAACAGAAUGUUCCCAUUACCAGAUUGAUCCUGCAACUGAUAUGCCAUCUGAUGCUCAAAGAAUAAGUAAAGUGAAAUUGCUUCUGGAAAACAAUCAUUUGCAACAAAUUCUUAUUUCUCAUGAUGUCCACACUAAACAUCGUCUAAUUAAAUACGGAGGUCAUGGGUAUUCUCACAUUUUAACUAAUAUUUUACCAAAAAUGUUGACAAGAGGCUUUUCGCAAGAGAUGUUAGAUCAAAUAACAAUUAAAAAUCCUGCAAGUUGGUUAGCAUGGAAAGCAGAGUGAACUGCACCUUUUCAAAAAGUUUUCUCAACAUCAGAUCUGUAAGCUUCUUUGUAGGCAUAUCGAAUUUUUCAUAAUUAUUAAAGUAAUAUACAGUACUUAGUCAGGGAAUGAUCAUACAGUAAUAUUUUUAAAUAUUUUUUGCUCAUAAAUUCACUAUUUCCUAUUUUUAUACAGAAUAUUUUUAUUAUUUUCAACAUGUUUAUGCUAUACAGAGACUUCAAUAUUUUUAAUAUAUUGGGAAGUAACCUAAGGUAAUAUUUUAUCUACGUCAUCUAUGAAUUGUAAAAUCAAUUUUCCAUUAUGAAAUAAACAAUUAUCUUUAAAGGUGUUUUCUUGAUUUAUUCGCUAAUAUUUUGAUUGCAAAUAAAAUUGACAAAUUAAUAAUAUACACAGCAAUAAGACAAAUUUCAAAAUAUACAAUCACGGCAUGUGGUACCCAGGAAUCUUCAGUCAGAAACUAAACAGACAUGGACUACUCAUUUGUAAGCUUCCAAAAGGUGAAAUAUGAUUCGAAAUUAUAAUGAUUUCAAAACACAGAAAUGUGUUUUGGAAUCAUUAUAAUUAAUUUAAUAUUCUUGCUUCCAACUUGUAUAACUCCAGUUUAAAAAGUAUAAAUAAGCAAGUUCAUAUAUUUUAAUACUAUAUAAAACAAAUUAUAUUUGUAUGUACUAAAUACAUCAUAUUUUAGUUCUUGAUGAUAUGAUGUUAAAAUCAUCUUUAUUAUCUUUGAUAUGUUUAUCUUGACAUAAAUAAAUA